AUGUUUACCAGCAGUAAUCCCACCCCCACCACCCCCCGGCUAAAAGUCACCGCCGGAACCAGCUACUCCCCCAGCACGCACCAGCCGGUGAACAUCAACAGCGACUCCCCCCUCCGCCUCACCUCCCCCCUCAUCACCAGCUCCCUCUGGGUGCGCAUCCAAAACCACAACCCCUCCCCCCCAUCCACCUCCAGCACAAACGCAUACUUCGCCCACCCCCCCACGACCAAGAACCUCUACAGCCUAACCUUCACCCUGCGCUUCCCUGCCUCCACCCACGUAACGGGGAACGACCUCCUGUUCGGGAACGACUUCGACCAUCCGAUCCGGGAGUAUCUGCCUCCGGGAUUCGGGACGGGGCUGCGGAUCGUGAAGUCGGUGCUCGAUCCGAGUCUGGAGGGGGAUGCGUAUGCGGAUAAGCCGUAUCUGCUGAGUCCGGGGGUGGCGGCGUGGAAUUUCUUUUCGAUUGGAGAGAAGAAAGAAGAAGAAGAGGAGGAGGAGGAAGAAGAAGGCAAUCUCAUCGUCUCAGAAGGCAGCACCGGAUCCGGGAUCGAGGAGCGACAGAAAUAUCACAUCCCCGAGGAGGCGGGGGCGCGCAGGAGCCACUUCCUCCGGGAAGACGCGCGGAAGGAGUUCGUCUUCGAGGGGGGGAGGACGUAUGCGGCGGAUUUUGGGAAUCCGUAUUUGGAUUUCAAUGAAUUUGCAAUCCGCCUCCCCGGAAUCAGCUUCCACAUCCGGAAAUAUGUCAGCGAGAAGAACAAUGUGUUGCGGUAUGUGUUGAAGAAUCGGGGGACGGGGGAGGUGUAUUUUGUGGUUUGUUUUACGGUGGAUUUAGAGGGGGAUGCCGAUGACGAUGAGUAUGAGGGUGAGGGAGAGGGAGAGGGAGAAGACAGCGACGGUGAUAGUGUCGAUUAG